ACAAACUAUGUCCCCCUUGGAGAUCGACAUCUGGUAGGAAGUCCUUAAUUAGAAUAUUCCUAGGCUGCUGCUCCAGAGAGCUGAUUAUGCAGCAAGAGGAAGAUACAGAGAAUUCAAUUUGUAUUACAAGGGAGUGAAUUGUUGCUAGCACAGAACAGAGACAAUCAAGAUGGUGUAUUGGAUUUUGAAUGAAAGCUUGUCAGUUCUGUUAUUUUUAUUGUGGUUGGGAAUGAACUUAUACCUGUUUAUUGACACAUUCAACUGGUAUGAAGAGGAGGGUGCCUAUCUUUAUACUCGGGUUAUGUUGGGUUCCACGCUUGCCUGGGCAAGAGCUUCUGCCACCUGCCUCAACUUUAACUGCCUGCUAAUCCUCUUACCAGUUAGUAGAAACCUGGUUUCAUUCUUAAGGGGAACAAGUUUUUGUUGUGGAGGAGUCCUGAGGAGACAACUUGACAAAAGUGUCACAUUUCACAAGACUAUUGCAUAUGGAGUAGCUGUGAAUGCAACCAUUCACAUCAUUGCACAUUUGAUCAACAUAGAGCGAUACCAUCUUAGCCAGUCAAAACAAGCAGGAGAGUUAAGCAGUAAACUGUCAGGCAUUGGCAAGAGCCCUAAUGAAUCCUACUUGAACCCAAUCAGGAACUAUGACAUGAAUACAAUAACUGAAAUACUAACAACCACUGCUGGAAUGACAGGUCUCCUGAUCACUGUGUCAUUAAUUCUGAUCAUGACUUCAUCUACAGAGAUCAUCACAAGGUCCUUCUAUGAGGUGUUCUGGUAUACUCAUCACCUGUUUGUUGUUUUCUUCAUUGGUUUAGCUAUCCAUGGGAUGGGUCAGCUCAUCCGUGGCCAGACCCCUCAGAGUUUGUUGCUGCACAAUGUCACUUACUGCAAAGAUCAUUAUUUGGAGUGGGAAACAUCAGGUCAAUGUCCUUUGCCACAGUUCUCUGGCAAUGACCCUGUGGCUUGGAAGUGGGUCUUAUGCCCUGUGAUAUUGUACAUCUGUGAAAGAAUUAUUAGGCUCUGGAGGUUUCAGCAAGAGGUUGUCGUUACAAAGGUGGUGUCUCAUUCCUCUGGAGUUCUGGAGCUUCAUAUGAAAAAACGUGGCUUUAAGAUGGAGGCUGGUCAGUAUAUCUUUCUCCAGUGCCCCGCUAUCUCACAGAUGGAAUGGCACCCAUUCACUCUCACUUCAGCCCCAGAAGACGACUUUUUCAGUGUACACAUACGGUCAGUCGGGGAUUGGACAGAAGCCCUUUUCAGCGCCUUUGGAGCAGAGGAGAAAACCUUUCACGAGCCCUGGAAGCUGCCAAGACUAGCUGUGGAUGGGCCCUUUGGAGCAGCAGCAACAGAUGCGUUUCAGUAUCAAAUUAGUGUCUGCAUUGCAGCAGGAAUAGGAGUCACUCCUUUUGCUUCCAUUCUGAAAUCGAUUUGGUAUAAGUGCUGUAAUCUAAGCACAGGACUGAGACUGGAAAAGGUUUAUUUCUAUUGGAUUUGCCGAGAUCCAUCUGCCUUUGAGUGGUUUGCUGAUCUCCUGUGCUUGCUGGAAGCACAAAUGGCUGAGAAAGGGAAAGCCCAUUUUCUAAGCUAUCACAUAUUUCUUACUGGCUGGGAUGAAAGUCAGGCUACUCAUAUUGCCUUACAUUAUGAUGAAAAGUUGGAUGUAAUUACUGGUUUGAAACAAAAGACCUUCUAUGGACGACCAAACUGGGACACAGAAUUCAAACAUAUAGCAGAAAAUCAUCCUAGCAAUAACAUUGGUGUUUUCUUCUGCGGACCUAAAUCUCUGUCUCAAACCCUUCGAAAGAAGUGCAGCUGGUAUUCAUCUGCUGAUCCAAGAGGUGUUCAGUUUUACUACAACAAAGAAAGUUUCUAGACCUUUUGAAACAGAGCAUUUGGCAUUCUGUGUUUAGUAGAGGAAUUUACUUUGUCCUUAAAUUGCAAUCCGAGAUUGCUUAGAGUGAGUUUGCUGCUUUAAAAACAACAGCACAGUAGUGGAGAGAAGUUCUCACCAGCUCAGUAGUCCCACGUAUUCUGAGUUAGACAAGUGCUAAGCAAACAGGUCACCUGAAAAACAAUCUUCCCCUUUCCUCUAUGAGCAUUAGGAUUAGCAAAUGGGACUUGGCUGUUUUUCUAUCAGCUUAUGGUAACCUGGAGGUGGGGUAUUUCAAUGGCAGCACGAGUGUUGUAAAAUGCCCUCCCUGCUGAAAUAUGAAAGGUCCCAGAAGUACCUGUUUAGGCAAGCGUUCCUCUGAACUUGAUUUUUUUAACUGCUUCAGCUGUUGUGCUUUUUAACUGGCUUGUUUUAUUGUAUAUUUUCAUUAGGGAUGUUUAAAUGCUCUGGUGGAAUUGUCAUUGUGUAUUUUAAUUAUGUUUAAAUUUUAUAACUGAUUUUAUAGCUGUAAACCACUUAGAAGCCAUUUUUGCAUAUAAGCAUUAUAUAAAUCAAUAAACAACAGCAACAAUAAUAAUACUACAUAUAAAUGCUAAUACAUUUAGAUCAUGCUUAGAAUAAAAAAGUGAUGGGCAGAACCUCAUUUCUCCAGGCCCACCAUCCAGUCACAGCACAUUAAUAAUAACAACAGCAACAAUUGUACUCCAUUUGGUGGUCCAAAUGAGAAUCUGGUUUGUGUGGUAGUGAAGAUACAACAUGUGUUACUAUUGUGCAGUUUUUAUAGGAACAAAAGAACCAGACCUAUCUAUACCUGUAAGGUCUUCUGUAGAGUGAUAUAGCCUUCUUGGUCAUAGAUACACAAUCUCAUGAAACUGAAUCAGUUACAAAUUUUUAUUACCUGGAAGACAAAGCUUGCAAGCUCAGAAUUAUUAAGGAGUACUGGGUCUAAGUUUGUCUGAACCUUGUCUGGUCUUUAACAAUGAAAAUGUAUUGUUCAAGGCUUCCCUGCAUCACCAUCCUUUGUUAUGUAUUUCUUCUUUACAGCAUUUAUAUCUUGCCCUUUAGCCAAAAAGGCUCUCAGCACUGCUUACAGAAAUCAGUUUCAGGUCCUUCCCCUCAGGCGCAUCUACAAAGACAUAACACAUGAGGAGGGGAGCAAGCUUGUCACACAAGAUAGGGUUGCCAUAUCUUGAAGAGCAAAAAAGAGGACAGCCCGAGCCAGUGCAAGCCUGAGCUGGGGAAAGAGGUGUGUGGGCACCUGAAAUGCCUGAGCCCCAAACACGCCCCCAAACCAGACAUUUCCUUUAAACUGUAAAAAUCUGCCCAGAUGGGUAUGUUGGCACUCAAAAAGAGGACACGUCCGGGUUUCCCCAGACGUAUGGCAACCCUACACAAGAGCUCCGGAUCUACUUUAAUUACACAACCUGAAUGCGCCUGGUAUGUGAUUGAAUACCACUUGAAAAUUCCAACUUAGUUACCUUCUAUGCUUUCAGACUGUUCUGCUCCCCCUUUUUCUUUCUACCUGAUUCAACUCCCAUCUGUUUUUAGAUUCCAGCUGAGAUCAUAACACUUUUCCUACUCAGGUGCUUUGCUACUUCCCUCCUCUCCCUGUAAGUGCUGCUUUUCUUUACUCUGGUCAUUGAUAAACCAUUAAGAAUAUGUAUUUGAAACCUGACACUUAUAUACCUCAUGGUGAAGUUUCCAAAAAGUGUGGGGGAGGGGAGCAUCCAUACAAACUCCAAAGAAUUAGCACAUAAAUAGCAGUAGAUUUGUUCGACAGUAAACAAAAGAAAGGCAUUGCGGUUGUACUGAGGUGUAAAAUACGGAUCAAGGGGAUCAGAUAAUGCGUUUACUGAUCCACGCAAUAAAACCUGAAGUGCAAAACAUCCCAUGUGUGUCACCAGAUGAACAAGACAAAUGACAACAUUAUACAUACAUGCACGUACAAGGCAGUGGUAAAACACUAAAAAAACACAAAAACCCAGUGAGAGUAUACAGAGCAAGAAACCCUGCAUAUUACUGAAUGCUACCGUUAUAGUUUAUAAUCUUCUGUUUGGGGACCAAAUUUGUAUGGAAAGCUUGCUAUAAAAGGCACAGUUGUACUA